GCAAGAGAAUGGCGGUUCUGAGUCUUCUUAGAUUCCAUUUUUCAAAUGCAGCAAAAAAUGAAGGAAAAGUUCCUGUGAUUCCCAAGGAAGGCAAGAUUCAGGAGCUAGUAACUUCAGUGAGUCACAAAAUGAGAAAGAACAGAAUGCAGUUGGCCUGCAAAUACUGCAUGAAAAUCACAGACCGGCUGCCUGGACAUCUCCGUAAGGUCUGCAGGAAAGGAGCGAGUGAGGCAGAGAUCGUGGCCCUUGUCGAGGAGUCAAGGGCCAAAAUGAGGAUGUUGGUGAGGAACCUCAGUGUUGUACAUUACAAGCAGCUGAAGGCUGGAGCUGAUUCUGAUCGAUCUCUGCAUUUCUUCAUCAAUUUUCUGGAGUCCAAUGGAUGUUUAGUUUCUGAAAAGCCAUCACACACAGAGAGAACCUCAGCUGAAGAAGUGGAGAAUCCAGUGCAGGAUGCUGUCGAGACAGAAGAGGAUACCUGUGAAGAAGAAAUGGAUAUAGAGCAUCUGUUUCUUAUGCUAAGCACAUCUGCCAGCAAGAUGUCAACAAAAAAGAUUAUGGAGGAGGCUGGACUUCACAGGAAACAUACAACUAAUUCACCUCUGCUGCAGGGAUUCAGAAGCUACCUGGAGAAAAAGUAUGCCAAGUCUGGAAUCAAACAUGAGGUCGACAAUGUAUCAAGAUGGUUGCAUUUUGUGAACCCAAACGAACCUUCCACUAGCUGCAUCCAUAACAUUGAGAGGAGCAUGGAGUUCUUUAGGGUGAUCGGAGCUUCAGCAGCCAGCCGAGCAACUGCAAGAAAUUACAUGAGCGGUGUAAAAAAAUUUAUUGCUUAUGUCACCUCAGAGGAUCAGCUGUUGGAAGAGGAUCCAUCUCUGCGUGGGUCAAUUCAAAAAUUUUUAAAAAGCAUGACAGAGGCCCAGAAAUCCAUUUGCAGAGGUGCCAGUAAGGAAAACUCUGUUGGAAGAAGGUGCACAAAUCCAAGAGAGUGCCAAGAAGUGCUAAAACUGGCAAACCACUAUUUUGCUGAGCUUAUUGAUCGGGCCAAUGCCAGAAAUGAAUUAGGAGAGGGAUAUGACGUCCGUGCACAAAUAAACAUUUUCAAAACAAACAACCCCCCCAACAAAAACUCCCAGCCAAAUAUUUCUAUUUGGCUACCAGUCAUUAAAAAUGCUGCAGAAUCCAAAACAGGGCAAGGUUUCUCCCAUCUGACAUAUUCAUUAGACGAACAAUCUCUUCCAACUCUCUUGAUGGUUUAAGGUGCUAAUGUCUCAUCUACAUCUGUUAUGAGGAAAUCUGCAGAUGCCAAUGCAUUCCACCAAUCUUUUCAAACUUUCAAACUUUUAUCCAGCUGAAUUCAUGCUCACUCCACUUGACACGUGUUUAGAAACCUGGUUUGCUAUCCACGUGGCUUUAUGGUUUCCAGAAUAUCCCGUAUCCGUGGGCCUGCGAUGUCCUCCUCUUCUGACUCGAUGGGGCUAAAAUCAAGAUCAACAACAGGCCUACAAUGUCCUCCUCUUCUGACUCCAUGGGGCUAAAAUAAAGAUCAACAACAGCUCUUCUCAGGUGAACAGUCAAGGUUUCCUGAGUCCUGAGGCAAAACUUGCAGGCAAGAGAAUGGCGGUUCUGAGUCUUCUUAGAUUCCAUUUUUCAAAUGCAGCAAAAAAUGAAGGAAAAGUUCCUGUGAUUCCCAAGGAAGGCAAGAUUCAGGAGCUAGUAACUUCAGUGAGUCACAAAAUGAG